AUGGCGGCUCAGGCACCCACAUUAGAGGUUCCCACGGACGCUGAGCUGCUGCAGGCACAAGCUGACCUGUGGAGACACAGCCUCUACUACCUGACGUCCAUGGGGCUUCGGUGCGCCGUCGAGCUUGAGAUCCCGACUACCAUCCACAAACUCGGCGGGGUCGCUUCGCUGCCCGACCUCACGUCCGCGCUGUGCCUUCCCCCGGUAAAGAUGCCAUUCCUCGGCCGGCUCAUGCGCGUGCUCGUCAUGUCAGGCGUUUUCGCAGCUGACGACUCCUCUGAGUCCGGCGAGGAGCUGUACCGGCUCACCCCGCUGUCCCGCGUCUUGGUGCACGGUGUCGUCGCCGACGAGCACCACAGCCAGAAGUACUUCGUUCUUGCCGUCACCUCCUCGCAUUGCGCGGAGGCGGCGUUCGGGCUGGCCGACUGGUUCAAGAAGGAUACCGAGGCACCAGUGCCAUCACCCUUCGAGGACAUGCAUGGCGUGCCAGUGUUUGAUGACAGAACAGCUGUCCUUGACAAAGAUUUUGACGCCGUUUCCAAUCAAGGCUUGGCUGCCCACGACAACUUGGGGAUCGCCACCAUACUGCGUGAGUGCGGUGACAUCUUCAAGGGGCUUCAGUCCCUGACUGACUGCUGCGGUGGCGAUGGUACCACGGCGAGGGCCCUCGUCAAGGCGUACCCGCAUCUCAAAUGCACUGUGCUUGACCUCCCCAAGGUGAUCGUGAAAGCACCAGUUGAUGGUGUCAUCAACUAUGUUGCAGGUGACCUGUUCCACACCGUGCCAUCGUCUCAAGCCGUGAUGCUCAAGCUCGUGCUACACUUUUGGAGCGACGAAGAUUGUGUCAAAAUCCUAGCUCAGUGCAGGAAGGCCAUUCCACCGCGUGAGGAGGGAGGAAAGGUAAUAAUCAUAGAGAUUGUGGUUGGUCCAUCCUUGGGGCCAAUUAUGUUUGAAGCCCAACUCCUGAUGGAUAUGCUUAUGAUGGUUAACACGAGGGGGGUUCAACGGAGUGAAAAUGACUGGAGCAAGCUGUUCGUGAAAGCAGGCUUCACGGACUACAAAAUUGUGAAGAAACUGGGAGCCCGAUGUGUCAUCGAGGCUUACCCGCACCUCAAAUGCACUGUGCUAGACCUCCCGAAGGUGAUCGAGAAAGCCCCAGCUCAUGACGUCAUUGACUUUGUUGCCGGUGACCUCUUCCACACCGUCCCACCAUCUCAAGCUGUGAUGCUCAAGCUUGUGCUUCACUUUUGGAGUGAUGAGGAUUGUGUGAAGAUCCUAUCCCAGUGUAGGAAGGCCAUUCCUUCACGCGAGGAGGGAGGGAAGGUAAUAAUCAUUGAAAUCGUGGUUGAACCUUCCUUAGGACCAAUAAUGUUUGAGGCCCAACUCUUGUUUGAUAUGCUCAUGAUGGUGAACACAAGAGGAGGUCAACGUGAUGAAAAGCACUGGCGUGAGCUAUUCAUGCAGGCUGGGUUCACAGAAUACAAAAUUGUGAAGAAACUGGGAGCUCGAUCCGUCAUCGAGGUCUACCCGUAAGAUGUUGUUCCCCAUGGAUAUAAAUAAAGGAGUUGCUUUUUUCUAUUAAGCGGUUCCACGGAUCUUACAGUAGCUGAAGCGCUGGUUUAGUUUCUUUAAGGUCCAUGUUACCUUUGUUUAGAGAACAACUAGCACUAAAGCACUCGGUGUGUGUAUGUGCUGAUCAUGUGUUUGGGUGUACGACCCACAACGCCUUCGUUGGCAUUAUAGUUGCCGUGCCUCUGAUAUAUAAUUGUUAUAUUAUAUUACUUUGCA